AUGGCUAACCGAUACAAAUUCAUCUAUGAUACAUCAGUUGAGUUCUUCAAUGCUACCGCCGUGGAGAAUGAAGAGAUCAUUCACGAUUUUUUGAAAAAUGACGAUGUUACUAUACUGGCGGCAGUUUCGCUGGACGGUGAAAUACUCUUCCAAAAUACAGUUCCUGUGGAGGAACAGUACUGUUUGUUGUUCUAUAAGAUUCCAAAUAUGGACUACCACAACGUGAACACUACUCCAAAAAUUGGCAUUCUGACUCUCGAUGGAGGUCUCGCAAAAUCAAUAUACAAUUCGUUGCAGCGAGUUUUUUCACCCUACAUUCUUAAAAAAUGCGAAUAUUCAACUGAAGUCAAAACCAUUUUGCAAAACCUACACUCUAAUCUUGGCCUAUCGCUCGGAUUGACCGAAUCCGGCAUCCUGUCAUUCCAGGAUGAGAUAAAUUUUUGGGAACGGAAAACAAGAACCUUACCAACAAAAGCUGAUCGAGAAGCGGCUAAAUCAUUUGCGACAUUAUUGGAAAAAAUAAACGCCCAAUUAUCCGAGAACUCCGGUACUAAUCUGAAUCAACUGGACGAGUUCAUCGAUGUUUGCCAGACUCAUUUGGACGAAAUCUGGCGUUUACCGCAUCACUACCCACAGAAUCGCAUGUGCAGCAUCUUUGACAUUAUUUCAACCCACGUAGUCAAUAUUUGCACCGAAAUCCUCUCGGAGUUGGACAUCUGGGAUGUUGGAUCUAUUUACCAGGAUGAAGCAAUUAAUCACAUCAAAGAAACAGUGGACUCAUGGUACCAAACAUUUGACAGUUUAACACGACUAUUUUGGCCAAACUAUGAACAGCACUCAUGGAUCGGAAAACCGUACAACUCAAAACAGUUGGACAAAUUUCGCAGUCGAUAUUCUGAAAUUUUAGAAAUCAAAAAUACAAAGGAUUUACUGUAUGGACUAUUUUUUGACAAUGACAAUGAACAACUUUUACGCCACACUGAUGUUGUUGAACCCUUCAAAGAGCUAAACAUGUUCGACCUUACUCCACUGGGUAAUAAACGAUGGGAGAUUGCCAAAUCCCGAUUGGAAUCUUGUCUUGAAAAGGUAGACGAAAACGUGGUCGUCAUUCUGAAGCAGCACAUUCAUGAAAGUAUCGGUAAUCCACGACAGACGAUUCACGUAUUCAGCCAUUACAAAGACAUAUUCACGCGUCCAUAUGUUCUGAAAGCACUCACCGCUGAACGCGAGCAACUGUUUCAAAGUAUCCCAAUGAUAAUUAGUGAACUAAGGGAAAUGCUAGCAGCUAAGAAUUACACUGAAGACGAUGUUACACCGAUAGUGUCCGAGACGCGUUGGUACCGAGUGGCUGAGGAGCAAAUUGCUCAGCUGGAAUUGACUACUUUAAAGAUUCUCAACGAUCGCGAAGGAUUCGAACAAAUGGUGAAUAACAUCACCUCCUUUAAGGAAGAAAUUCAAGCAAUGAUUCGUGCAAACUUCGAAACCUGGACCGAUAGCUCGAUUAGUGCCAUUCGGGAUGGAGAGUUGAGCCUUCGUGAAAAUCAACCGGUCGUCAUUUUUGACACAUCGGAACGCCAGCUCAUGAAGGUCACCUUCGGUUCCAAAAUUGUAAUCUUUUGUGACGAAGCUCACCAUCUGCAUAAUUUAGGGCUAAAGCUCAAUCCGGAAAUUCAGAAAAGCAUAACACACUCCAUGAGGUUUAUAUCCUACGCGAGAAGACUACAGCAAAUCGCUACCUUUCAUAACACGAUUGGUGAUAGGAUGGUUCCUUGCCAACGACCAAUCAUGUUGAAUAAUGCCAUGGAUUUCUCGAAGCUGGUGAAGAGUGAAUCUGUGUCGUGGAGCGAUGAAGAUUCGGUAGAACGAUAUAUUGCAAGUUUGCAGGAAGCAGUCAAACGGCUGUCCAAGGACAACAAUCUUUUAACCGGAUAUCAUGAACAAGCCAAAAAAUCUGUACUCAAGCUAAUGGAUGUCGAUCUUAUUCGACAGAGUAAUGUGUGGAAGGAGGAGAUGCGAAUACUUCGCGAGAUUAUAUUCAAUCUUGAAAAACAAGGCUACACAAAUCUAAACCCAUUCAAACUUCACUGGGAUCAUCAGCUGUAUAAAGUUCUAGACUAUCAGUACGUGGCGGGUUUACUCAACGUUCAUCAAAAGUUGCCAGACAUCCACGUAGACUUAGUUUUUCGACAACAACAGGUUCAAUUUCGUCCGGCUUUGGAAGAGAUCAAAUCCAAAUACUAUUCUCAACUACGCCGUUUCAUCGAAAAGCCUCUCAGUUUCAAAGGUCUAUCCGAGCAAAGUUCCAACAUGUUUAAAGCCAUGAUUGAACGAAACGCCCAGUCUUUCUCGGUAUUAUACGAAAAAGCAGAUAUCGUAUUUCGUGAACUGACAGAGUUCCGGGACAGUUGGCUACCUUGGGUUUCUCUCGGAAUGUCCGAUAUGGAACAACUAUGCACAGUCCACUGUAUCACGUGGCAGCACUGGGAUAACAAUUUCCGAGCGUGCAAGAAAUUUAGUCAACAAAUUGCUCGAAUUCAACAGUCGGAAAAAGAAAUCGAUUGUUUGAUCGUAAACUACGCUCCACUUUGUUCGGAUAUAGACGGUAUCAGCAGGCGGUACUGGGAAAGCCUUGCCAACAGUUUGCGAACGUCAAUCUUGGACAGCAUUUCAACAUUGCAGGAGUAUCUGACAUACUCAUUCCAGGUGCUCCAAAACAUUCCGCAGGAUGAAUGGGGCAUUUCGGAAUCCAGUGCAAAAUACGAGAAGAUCGUAAGCGAUUUGCCGAGAAUGACCGAGUUGAAGAAAUCACUUCAAGGAAAGAACAACUGUUUAGCUGGAUGGUGCAAGGAGCGGGUAUCAGCGCUCAACGGAAUCUUGGCCCAGUGGAACCAAUUGCAGCCUCUGAUAGAGAACCAUCAAUCGCUACUUCAGGGUAGGCUUGAUAUUAUCAAGGAAAACAUUUUGCGACAAAUCACCGAGCUGAACGAAGAAGCGGGCAAAUUUUCGAUACGUUGGGAAUCAACUAUAAGAGAUCUUGAGACAAACGAUCAAGCGGAUAUGAGUUUAUUUAGAGAACGCCAAGCUCAAUGGAAAAGUAUUAUCAAUAAACGCGAAACUCUUAGGAAGCAAACAGAAAAAUUCAAUAUCAAUGUUCCGGAAGAAUUUGAUACAAUAUUUGGAGAACUGGAAACAGAUAUCUCGCAACAAGGGAAGAACUGGGAGAUCUACAACAACUUUCUCACAGAUUAUGAGACGAUCUCCGGUGAAGAAUGGACCAUUUACCGACGUAGACCACACAUCCUCACGGAUUUUCUAGUCAAGUGGGAAAAAUCUCUCAGUCCACCAACAAGUGUAGCCAGUUCCCGUAUUGCAUCAUAUAUCGAACGAUACAAAAUCGCUCUACCACUACUCGGUGUUCUACAAUCGGACGCUCUUAUCGAAAAACAUUGGGCCAAAAUAUGCCAGCUGCUGAAAAUAGAUUCCAAAUCCCACCAUGACCUCUGUCUGGGAGACGUCCUGGCAGUAACCGAUAAACUUCAGCAGCAAGCAGGCGAAAUUCAAUCCAUCGUACGACAAGCAGCAUCGGAACAUAUUAUUCGACAAGCUAUCGUAGAGCUGGAGCAAUGGGCUGCUACGACAAUGUUGAAACUGAUCGAUCAUACGGACUCCAAAGGGGCAACCAUUUCAUUGAUCAAGGAUUUUACGGAAACACUUAAUAAAAUAGGAGAUAAUCAGUUUUUGCUACAGUCAGCAAAAAAUUCCUCCACUUUCGAAUCCUUUUCUGAUCAGGCCGAUGUAUGGGAAGAGAAACUAAAUAACUUGGACUAUAUCAUUACCCAUUUAAAUCAGAUUCAGAAGAAAUGGAUCUAUCUGGAACCCAUAUUCGGUGCCGGAACGCUAAAGCGAGAAGAGGCCGUAUUCAAAAGCAUCGACAAGAACUUCCGCUAUAUUAUGAAGGAAAUCUCAGAAGAUCCGAAGGUGAUAUCGGUGAAUAAAAUAAACAAUGUUCUAUCGAUCAUCGAAACACUCCAGAAUCAAAUAUCUCGUUGUCAGAACGCUUUGAGCUCAUUCAUCACAACCAAACGAAACGCCUUUUCACGGUUCUAUUUCUUAUCCGAUGAUGAUCUUCUUGAGCUUUUGGGACAAUCUUCAAAGGAAACUAUAAUCCAGAAGCACAUUCGAAAAUUGUUUCCCGGAAUCUACAGAUUACUGAUCGAUGACUCAGGGACUCGUAUAGUGGCAUACUGCAGUGAAGAAGGAGAUGAGCUGCGUUUGGCUAACUGCAUAACAAUUACUACAACAGUCGAAGACUGGUUGAACACCCUGCUGUCAGAGAUCAAGACUACUUUGCAUUUGCUCAUAAAAAAGUGUCUCGAUACGAUUCCCUUGAGUGAAGCUACCAUUCGUGAGUAUCCGAUGCAAGUUAUAUGCCUGGUUAAUUCCAUUAAUUUUACUCGACGAACUGAGAAGGCCAUAUCUGGAAUGCAGCUCGCUGAUCUGAAACAUCAGAUUCAAGAUGAAAUCGAUAAAUUUUCCACCGUAUUACACGGAAACUGCGACCAACUGACGCAAAUCAAGUUACGUGCCUUGCUGAUUGAUCUAGUUUAUCAAUCAACCACCGUAGGCUAUCUAAACAAUCACAACGUGACGAAUCUGCAAGACUGGUACUGGCUUCAACAGCUUAAGUUCUACGCCGACCGGAACGGAAAAGUGUUUAUCAAAAUGGUCUACGCAGAGUUCGAAUAUUCGUACGAAUUUCUUGGAAACUAUAGUAAACUGGUAUACACUUCGUUGGCCCACGACUGCUACCUAAUAUUAACACAAGCCAUGCAGUUAGGUCUCGGAGGAAAUCCUUUUGGACCGGCCGGAACCGGCAAAACCGAAUGUGUCAAAUCACUCGGCGCGAUGCUUGGCCGAUUAGUAUUAGUAUUCAAUUGCGACGAAAACAUCGAUACCGCCGCUAUGGCGCUUAUUCUUUCCGGAUUAGCCCGGUGCGGUGCUUGGGGUUGUUUCGAUGAGUUCAAUCGUUUGCAAGAAGCUACCCUAUCCGCUAUUUCUAUGCUUAUACAACCCCUACAAGUUGCACUGAAAGAUAAACAAAAAGAGGUUUUACUAAACAACGAAACUAUUCCUCUAAACAACCACUGUUGCGUAUUUGUAACGCUGAAUCCAGCUGGCGAAGAAUACGGAGGUCGUCAGCAGUUGCCAUUGAAUCUACAGACGCUUUUUCGACCAAUUGCAAUGCAAGCUCCGCAACCACAACAAAUCGCCCGGGUCACUCUCUUUGUGGAAGGCUUCAAACAUGCCGAUCGUCUUGGUAGCCAGAUCGUCGAACUGUUCGAGUUGUCCAAGAAGAUGCUCUCCAAACAACGUCACUACGAUUGGGGUUUACGGGAGCUGAAAUCGAUUCUGUCGGCUUGUGGCAUGGCACUAAAGAACGCCCGCAACGAAAUGACGUACAACGAAGAAGCCGGUCUAGCAGUCAACGUAAUACGAGCUAACACUAUGUCUAGAUUGACACUGUCCGAUUGCAAACGAUUCGAUGUUCUGCUAUCCAAUGUGUUUCCUAAUGUUCAAAUCGUUGACAUGGCGAACGAAGAUUUGAACUUGAAAAUUAUGGAUGCUUUUUCAGUUCUCGGAUAUCAGCCAAACAAUAGGCAGGUUGAGAAAUGCUUGGAAUUGGCAGCUCAACUACAGAAACGAAUGGGAGUUGUAGUUAUUGGACCUCCUAGGUCUGGAAAAUCAACCAUCAUAUCGGUUCUGAAGGAAGCUUUGCUUUCGUUGGGAAAUACGAUACGAGCUCAUGUAAUAUCACCGAAAUCAAUGAAUCGAGUUCAAUUACUAGGCAAGCUGGAUCCAGACACUAGACAGUGGACUGAUGGGGUGCUCACGUCUACUGCAGUUGCUGUAAACACGGAACCUCGUACAGUCACUUCGUGGAUUAUAUGUGAUGGAGAUAUAGAUCCAGAGUGGAUUGAAGCACUGAACUCGGUACUGGAUGAUAAUCGACUGCUCACACUGCCAUCCGGAUGGAGAAUUCAAUUCGCAAGCAAUGUAAACUUUAUUUUCGAAACUCACGACCUCUCGACGGCAUCUCCGGCUACCAUUUCGCGCAUGGGAAUAAUCAAUUUAAACGCCGAGGAUCUACCUUAUCAAUUAAUGGUGGAAGGAUGGCUGGCGAAACAAUCCGAUUCGGAAAUACUGAAAUCACUUUUAGAGCAACACUACUACCGAGCAAUUGAGUGGAUUGAAGAACAGAAACUGCGCCCAUUUGGAUACUCUCUAGUCAGUUUAGCCGAGUCAGGCCUGAUAGCAAUUGAACAGGCCAAGUCUACGGAACAAUUUUGCAUCGACCUGCUGUGUGGGUUCAAUGGACUACUGACUUUGGACGGUAAAAACCAACUGUCCAACCAAGUUUUCUCUUGGGCAGAUAUAACUGUAACGGAUAGUUCAGUAGCGGAAUACCACUAUUACAAUACCUUCAGAGAUAUGGUUGAUCUGUACAGUACCGAUGAAAUCACCGGAGCUUCUAUCAACGAAAACAUGCUCACAAACACAUUGGUCAAAACUCCAUUGAUGAAAACAUGUGGUGAAUUGCUGAAACAAAGCAUCUGUUCUCACAAUCGUCGUAUUGUCCUACUUAUCGGACCGAGUGGGAAUGGCAAGAGUCUGCUUCUGCAGACCAUAGUCAAUGAGUUCAACGGCUAUCAAUAUGUUACAAUCAACUGUAGUUCUCAAUUGACCACCUCCAGCAUCCUGGGUACCAUUAAACAAAACUCGAUUGUCCUCAACACCGUUAAAGGGAAAGAAUAUCGCCCAAAAUUCUCCAGAAUUAUUCUAUACCUCAAAAACAUUGAUCUUUGCUCGAUAGAUCACUGGGGAACAUGCGAAAUUGUCGAACUGCUAUUACAAAUCAUAAAUCGAAGCGGAUUCUAUUCGGAAACACUUGAAUGGAUCAGCGUUUCCGGAAUACACGUUUGCGCUUCAGUUUCUGAUCUUCGGAAUGUACAAAUCUCUCCAAGAUUUCUUUCCAUCUGUACUCUGGUGCAGAUUGGAUAUCCGAGCAAUACAGAUAUGGAGAAUAUAGUUAAGAAUAUGAUUUUGCCGCUGUACAAUCAGCUUGGACAAAGUGCCGUUAAAUUGAAACUAAACGAUUUGGUCCAAGCUGUCAUUAAUGUUUACUUUGAAACAAAGGCCCGUUUUAACCGUGGCGAAAUUUUGCACUACCGGUUCACUCCAAAGUUGAUCGAAAGAUGGAUCAGUGGUAUUAUGUAUUACCCUACCGAACAUUUCAGCCAGGCGAUGAAAUAUGAGUGCAACCGCAUCUUUCGGGAUCGCCUAGUAACGGACAGUGACCGUUCGACGUUCGACGAAAUCGUUCGUGACAAUCUCCGAGUACUUCCCCAUGAUGACAUUCGAGUAGUUUUUGGUCCCGGAGAAGGACAGACGGACGCAACAUUGCAACUGGUGGGUUUUGAUAGCUGGAAAGAUUCUGUAAACCAGACAAUUGCAAUGUGCAAUGCUGAAGUUAUCUUGGUUGACGUCCCAUGCUCGGAGGACUUUAUCGAGACAGUGGCUUCAAUCGUUCGUGUUUUAUCUCGACCUCAAUCAAAUUUGGUUAUGUGCGGUAAAAUUGGUUCAUGUCGCCUUGAAGCUUUGUAUGUAGCUGCUUCCAUGUUGAACGUUAAGGUAGUGUUCCCGCAAACCUCAAGAAACUAUUCGAUCAAUGAGUUCAACAACGAUCUCAAAAUUGCCAUGCAAAACUGUGCCUUGGAAAACGAACCGGUUGCGUUCUAUGUCGAUCAUUCACUGAUCGAGUAUCUAGGUGAUAUUAUGAAAACAUGUGAAGCCAUUUUGGAAUGUGCCGAUUUGACAGAUUUUUUUGGAGAGGACCUAGAAAAUCUAGCUAGCCCUCUGAAGGCCCAUGCAGCCUUAGAAACGUUUCAAAUGUCACUGGCUGCAUACUUUCUGCAUCGCCUUAAAGCAAACUUUAAGUUAAUCGUGCUACUGGAAAAUUCGACUUUCAAAAUACGAGAACUGUUUGAAAGUUACCCAGCCAUCUAUCAGAAGUCCGAAAUGAUCUGGAUUCUACAAGACAAAAUAGCUUCCACCGAUUGUCUAAUCAAAUAUCUUAACACCAUGAGUCAAAAUCAUUCAUCAGAUUGCCAGGUACCGUUACCUAUAUUCUUCAAUGAUGUUCUCACUGGCAACAUUAGCGAGUGGUCAAACUCUCCGAAGCGUAGAAUACAGUUAAUCCAGACGUUUUGGCAUGUUUAUCAGAACCAAAAGUCGGAAAAGGAACGCUACAAAUUCCAGAUUCAAAGUGGCGUAGACAAACUGUCGGAAACUCAUAAGAUAGUGGAGAAUCUAAAACUAGAAGCGCAACAGAAACAGAAUGCUCUUGCAGAAAAACGAAAACUCGCUAACCAAUCGCUAGAAAUGAUAUCAACCACUAUGCGGAGUGCAAACGACCAGAAAUCGGAAUUACUUGAACUGCAACAAGAAACAAAAGAGAGUAGCAUUAAAUUGAUCGAACGGAAGAAGGCGAUCGAAGAGGAACUCAAUCUGGUGGAGCCAAUACUUCGAGAAGCUAGUGCUGCCGUCGGCCAGAUUAAAACUGAGGCCUUGUCCGAGAUUCGAUCACUAAGGGCUCCACCGGAAACUGUUCGCGAUAUCUUAGAGGGUGUUCUUCGGCUAAUGGGAAUACGUGAUACAUCCUGGAACAGUAUGAAAACCUUUCUGGCCAAACGGGGAGUCAAAGAAGAUAUUCGAUCACUUGAUCCAGCUAGAAUAAGCCCCGAGAACUGCCAAGCAGUGGAAAAGCUUUUGCAAACCAAAGCCGAUUCCUAUGACCAGAGGAAUGCGAAACGAGCUUCCGCUGCCGCUGCGCCUCUAGCAGCGUGGGUUAUAGCCAAUGUAAAGUAUUCAAAAGUAAUCCAAAGUAUUAAACCAUUGGAGCGUGAGCAAAAUGAACUCCGAAAAAAUUUGGAACAAGCGGAAGCAGAAAUGAACUCUUUGUCCAGUGGACUAGAUAAUGUUAACGACACGGUAAAAAAAUUGUCCGAACAAUUGAAUGUGUACACUCAGGAAGCAGCUAUGCUAGAAAUCAAACUUGAAGAAGCGAAACAGACUUUGAACGCAGCCGAAGAACUGGUUCAAAAUUUGAGUUCGGAAUUUCUAAGCUGGAGUAAGGAUCUUGAAGAACUUAAUCAUACGAUCGCUCACAUAGAUAAGCGAAGCUUCAUGACAGCUUUCUGUUUAACACAUAUUUCUCACCUACCAUUGGAUCAACGGAAAGAAACAUUGCUAGCAUCCAAAUUGACGAGAGAGCUACCGUUCGACUUGGAUGAUCUGGUGCCCAAUCAAGACAAGAUUAUUUGGGAAAGCAUGGGACUUAGUGCGGACCAACAAUACCGAGAGAACGCCACUCUACUGAACCAAUUUCUGAUGUUACCGUUUGGGACAACGCCGGUUCCGCUUCUAGUUGAUCCAACCGAGCUAGGGCAGAAGUGGCUCUGCAACUAUUUGAACUAUCUCAACAAAACUUUCGAGUUAUCAAGUCAAUCUGCCGAUCGGUUCGGAUACAUGUUAGAAUUGGCGAUCCGCUUUGGUAAAAUUCUAAUAGUUCGAAAUGUUAACGUCGUUGAGCCACCGCUAUUGUCUCUCUUCUUUUCCCGCAUCCACGUCAGAUUCAACAAACGCAUGGUACGAAUAAGCAACAAACUAAUCGAUCUCCACGACGACUUCAAACUCAUUCUGGUAGCGCAAAACGAGCGUAUAUCUCUGGGAUCGGAAUUACAGGCAUACUUUAUGAAUUUGAUGUUCACAACAACUACCGCUGGGUUAACUGAUGUCCUGACCUUCGAAUGGGUGCUGGCAAAAGAUCCGGAAAUCGAAAAAAAGCGCGUAGAUUUAUUGCAGCAGGAAGGUCGACUAAUGAAAGAGAAACGUAGUCUCCAGGAUAAAUUGCUACAAGAGUUAUCAUCUUCGAAGGGUGAUAUUUUGAAGAAUGAACCCCUGUUGAAAACAUUAAACAGCAUCAAAGCCAGCACUAGUCUGAUCGAGCAGUCGUUGAAUGAAUUCACUGAUAUCCGUGAUCAAUUGAUGGAGCACUACAGUCGACGAAAAGAGUUCUGCAAUUUAGCGUCCAUGUUUUACAUGGGCAUAAGACGUUACUACAGCAUUGGUGUAUCCAAAUUCACAGCUUUAUUUUUGAGCGUAAUUGAAAACGAACGGCACUCGACGACUGAAGAAAUGUACAAAAUAUUGGUAAGGCGAAUAUUUUCCCUCUUGAGUCGGAGUAUUCCCAAAGACAACCAGAUUAUUUUGGGUUUGAACAUUUGCCGGCAAGCGUUUCCUCAGCAAAUUCCAGAAAAAGAAUGGGAAUUAUUUGUAUUCAACUUCGCACAUGCGGAACAGAUUACAGCUCAACAGCUACCAUCAUGGAUCAAGCAGGAAACAAUUCCUAAAAUGCAUGCCUUGAAACAACAACAUUCAGAAUUGUUCGCAAAACUCAACUUGGAUAAUACCAACGUAUGGACUAAGUACGUUGAAUCCAAUGAAAUCAGUUUACCUGUUAGUGUAACGGAUUUCCAAGCAAUCUUGGUUUCCCUUGUCCUACGGCCAGACCUGUUGAUACGAACUAUAUCUCGUUCGGUUCAGAAUAUUCUUGGACUAAAGACGCUCUACACGGUGCGACCAUCUAUCAAGCUGCUUGCCGAGGAAAGCGUUUCAGACGAACCGCUUCUGUUGAUCACCGCAUCUGGAAUAGAUCCAUCUGAAGAAAUACGCGAUUACGUAAGACAAACGAUCGGUCAGUCCAAAUACGCCGAGUUCGCCGUGAGUAAAGGUUAUGAGCUAGAAGCUUUGAAAUUGGUCAAAGAAGCGGCGAAUGCUGGUAGCUGGAUUUGCAUAAAAAACAUCCACACGGUACCACAUUGGUUACGCCAUUUAGAUGAAACCCUAAAGUCGAUAAACUUAGAAAAUGGGUUUAAGCUAUGGCUCACCUCUGAAACUGAGAAAAAUUUGAACGAUUCAUUUACCAAGAAAUGCAACAAAGUAUUGUUUGAGCCACCUGUCGGACUUAAACACAAAAUGAAACUGCUACUGGAACAACAUGCGGCUAUGGUGACUAGAAAACGGGACUACAAAUCGAUCAAGAUGUACGUUGGUCUGUUUAUGCUACAUUCAGUCGUGCAAGAACGACGCGCAUACGUUCCCCAAGGUUGGACCAAAUGGUACGACUUUUGCGAUUCGGACCUGCGCACGGCCAUGCAAUUAAUCCGAUACAGCGACGAGUUUAAUACGUUGAAAAUACACUGGCCACUAAUACAGGGUCUCUGUGAGAAGGUUGCUUAUGGCGGACGAAUCGAUAAUGACAACGACUUCGGCAAGCUAGAACACCUGCUGCGAGAGUUCUUCGACGAAAAGAUCAUGACUAGUCGUUGGAAACCAAUGUUUAUGAACAUUAGCUUCCCGAAUUCUAACCAUUUGGAUGAUUACGUGAAAGUGUUAGAUCAACUGCCCGAUACGGAAACUUCCAGUCUGUAUGGAAUCCCGUUGUCAACUAACGCGUCACGGGAUGUAAUUUUCUGCCGGAACACCUUGAAGGAACUACGGCAAAUGUACUUUAGCAGUGCAAGUGCAAAGAAUUGCGAGAAACGAGUGAAACCAAUUAUUGUCUUAUGGAACAAGUUGAUGAAUGGAACAAUUGCUCAACGGGUGACAGGAGUUAUUGAACGCAACAAGAAUACCGACGACCCUUGGAUGAUAUUCGUUUUGUCGGAGUUGACGAUUGUCAGCAACCUCUACGAUGCAAUUAACAGCAGUCUCCAGACAAUCAAAAAUUCUCUGAAAGAAAUCUCAACCGUUUCUGGCAAAGAUCGCACAAUUCUUGUAACCCUAUGCGAUAAUCAAGUUCCACUGCAAUGGAGACGCAUUUGGAGCGGUCCUAAAACGGUAAUUGAAUACCUGAAAGCGGUUGGAUUCAAAACUAAGGAAACUGAAACGAUGUACAACAAAAUGGUUGAAAUGAAACCGGCCAACGAAGUUAAUUUCAAUUGCUUGUUCAAUAUGGAAGGAUUCUUAACAACGUUCAAACUUAUUAAAUCGCAAGAGCUUAAUGUGUCAACAACAGAGUUGCAACUUUGCGCCUACUUUGACGAUCGUCAACGGGAAAAGGCUUUGAAAAUUGCUUCGUUACUGAUUGAUGGUGGCUCUCUGACGAAUGGAAAGCUAACGAUGCAGCAAGCAAUGUCACCCCAAACCGGUCCCGUUUACACAGGAACUUUCAACUUGGAUUACAUCACCUUGCCUAGCAGGGAGGAAAGCAAAGCUCGAGUCGAUCAAUUUCGAAUCCCGUUGUUUAGCAAUAUCUCACGAGACAACCUAAUUUGUGAACUCACCGUGGACGUUCUACAAGGACUGGAUAAAUCCCAACUAGUAGCGGCCGGAAUGGCAUUCAUAGUACCCGAAAUUAGCUAGAUUGUUCACUGUUUUAUUUCCUAGGCCUAAAACAAUGUAGGCAUAUUUACAAAGAGUUUUUGUAUAGUUUUAAGCACCGACGUCUCUGAAUUUCUAAUUUUGCUAAUAAAGCUACAAUUUUCCACCAA